UAAGACACCAUUGUCUCGCGGCCAUCUCAGGUCGGCAGCGACAUAAACACCGGCAGCAAGGUGACAGGCCAUCAAGAUGGCAGGAGUAGGGAUCGCACGCCCUGCCUUCUGGGGUCUCGCUACUCUCUCGCUUCUUGUUUUUUGCCUGCUACCCGUUCUGUAUACCACCACUUCGGAACGCCAACGCGGCACCUUCCGCCAGCAUCCAAGACGAUGGCCUUUUCCUCGGGAGCAGCGACGUGAUGCUACUAUCCACGUCGUCCCAAUUCCUAACCAGGGCUUAGCUCACCAGAACCCAGCAAGGGCACCACCCCAACCUCUCUUGUCCCCGGCCCUUGCCGCGUCCUCGCCUGCCGAGCUGAGCGACCUGUCGGGUCGGUCAUCGUUCUUGGCCACGAGACACGCCCACCACAAUAUCAGCCUGGCAAAGCGCGAUGGCCCCCUGCGCUGUAACGACGGCCCCUGUAUCGAUGGCAGCUGCUGCAGCAAGGACCAUAUUUGCGGCUUCGGCCCGGACUUCUGCGGCGACGGUUGUCUGUCGCAAUGCGACGCCACUGCCAUGUGCGGCGAGUACAGCGAGAACGGCGACAUGCCGUGCGGGUUGAAGCUAUGUUGCUCGGCCAUGGGCUGGUGUGGUACCACAACCGAGUUCUGCCACAAUGCCGAUCCUCUCCGCGGCACAUUGCCCUGCCAGGCUGGGUACGGCUCUUGCUACAUCUCUGGCGCGCCUUCGUGUCCGUACGGCGGCGGUAGCACGAAUGGGCGCAUGGUGGGUUAUUACCAGUCGUGGAAUAUGCGCAACCGGGUCUGCAACAAGGUCGCGCCGCGCGACCUCAAUACGACGGGCUACACCCACCUCUUCUACUCGUUUGCGUCCAUCGAUCCGGCCACCUACCGGAUUGCCCCAGCCCAUGCCGACGACCCGGCUAUGAUGCGCGAGUUCACGAGCCUGGCCAAAGACGGCCUUCAGACCUGGAUCGCAAUCGGCGGCUUCGACUUUAGCGACCCGGGCACGCCCACACACACUACGUGGAGCGAUGUCUGCGCCACCAAGGCCCGCCGCGCCGCGUUUAUCGACUCGGUCAGGGAGUAUAUGGACGAGUACGGUUUCCAGGGCGUUGACCUGGACUGGGAGUACCCAGGAGACCCCAGCCGAGGUGGUAACGGGCUCGACGACACCAAGAAUCUCGUUCUGCUUGUGAAGGAGAUGCGCGUGGCCUAUGGCAACGCGUAUGGAAUCAGUCUUACCUUGGCCCCUGACUAUUGGUAUCUGCGCUGGUUCGACCCCAAGGGGAUGGAGCCCUACGUCGAUUUCUUCGGCUUUAUGGCCUACGAUCUCCACGGCUCGUGGGACUCAGACGUCCUGACGCUUGGCAAGAAGGUGCGCGGCCAGGCCGACAUUCGCGAGAUCGCAAAUAAUACCGUGCCCUUGUGGUUCGAUGGUCUGGACCCUGCUAAGAUCAACUUCGGGCUCGCGAUGUACGGCCGCGGGUACACCCUGGCCGACCCGAGCUGCAAUCAGUUGCUGUGUCCGUUUUCCGGCGCCAGCGACCCGGCUCCGUGUACCAACUCGGACGGGGUCAUGUCGCUGCUCGAAAUCCAGCAGCUGAUCAAGCGCAAAGGCCUUAAACCGCAGUACCUCGCCGAUUCCAUGAUGAAGCAAAUCACCUGGGACGACCAAUGGAUUGGUUAUGACGACGAGGAGACGUUUGCUGCCAAGAAGGCUUGGGCCGACUCCCGAUGCUUUGGAGGCACCAUGGUCUGGAGCAUCGACUUCCAGGUGGUGGGGUCAGGCAACUCGGACGAUGAGACGUACGGAGACGUUGUCUACGUUGGUCCCGAGGUGUUCCAAAAGCCCACGGCGCAGUGUUCAGCACCGUGCGUCAUGGUCUUCCCGCCGAGUAGUCUGAGCGAGCCCAAGGCCAUCACCAUCCCGCCUUACACGGCCACACUCGAGGUAGGCACCACGACGACAAUAGUCGUCGUCAUUCCCACCAAGGUGACCACCACCAUCACCGUCAUUGACUUCUUCAACGAAUACGUCACCAGCGAGCAGCAACCGGGCGCAGUCUUCACCCUUCGACCCAGCUUUCAGCCCCCGCCGGCCACGGUAGUCGUCACAGGAGAAGAGGGUCGGACUACAACGAGAACUGUCUUGCCUCCUCCUCUAGGUAGCGGGGUAGCAUCGGGACCUGCACAGAACCAAACAGGAGGAGUCCCGCUCACUUCGAUACCGCCACCGGCAACAGACUG